CGGGGCCCGCCCGCCGGGCAACCUGCGGCUCGGAAGGAGCCUGGGAAUAGCAUCUAGCCCCGGACCGGCGCGGCGGGUAGACGCGGACCGCUCGGCUGCAGCCCCCGCCCGCCGAGCCUCUAGGUCGUGUCCAUCCUGGGUAAGACAGGAGGGUCAGAGCCGGGCCCCGACACUCUGGCCACGGCCGGAACCCCAGGCUCGCGGCCCCAGUUUCCGGUCGGCGGAGGCGCUCAGGGGCCCGAGCCCACGGAAGCGGGCUUGGGGGCCGGGGCCGGACAGGAGAUGGCGCCGCCUGCGGGUGGCGCGGCGGCGGCCUCGGACCCGGACUCGGCCGCGGUGCUCCUGGCUGUGCACGCCGCGGUGAGGCCGCUGGGCGCGGGGCCGGACGCCGAGGCACAGCUGCGCAGGCUGCAGCUGAGCGCGGACCCCGAGCGGCCCGGGCGUUUCCGGCUGGAGCUGCUGGGCUCGGGACCCGGCGCGGUCAGUUUGGAGUGGCCCUUGGAGUCAGUUUCCUACACGGUCCGAGGUCCCAGCCAGCAUGAGCUGCAGCCCCCGCCAGGAGGGCCUGGGACCCUCAGCCUGCACUUCCUCAACCCUCAGGAAGCUCAGCGGUGGGCAGCUCUAGUCCGAGGUGCCACCAUGGAGGGACAGAAUGGCAGCCUGCCCCAAGCCCUGGGCCUAGAAAUGUGCCCUGUUUCCCCGCCCAGUCCCCCUGGAGUGCCCACACUCCGGGCCCCACAACCCAAGGUGGAUCUUUGCUGGAGCCCUGGAGACUUGAUGGAGAAAGAAGAGCUGGUGGGGCUCCUGGCCCAAGCCAUCGAGGGUGGGGACGAGAAGGGGGCAGCCCAAGCAGCAGCCACCCUGGCCCGACAUCAUGUGGCUCUGAGUGUCCAGCUCCAGGAGGCCUGCUUCCCUCCUGGCCCCAUCAGGCUACAGGUGACAGUUGAGGACGCCGCGUCCUCUGCCCACGUCUCGCUGCACGUUCACCCCCACUGCACCAUUGCGACCCUCCAGGAGCAGGUGUUCUCGGAGUUUGGCUUCCCACCAGCUGUGCAGCGCUGGGUCAUUGGGCGGCGCCUGUGUGUGCCCGAGCGCAGCCUCGCUUCCUACGGGGUCCAGCGGGAUGGGGACCCCGCUUUCCUCUACCUGCUCUCAGCCCCGCGAGAAGCCCCAGGACGCAGCCCUCAGUGUCCCCAGAAGAUGGAUGGGGAACUGAGUCGCCUGUUUCCUCAGUCACUGGGGCAGCCCAGAGCUCCUCUGCCAGCCACCUCCAGCCUCCCCAGUCCCCUUCAGCCUGGCUGGUCCUGCCCUUCCUGCACGUUCAUCAAUGCUCCCAGCCGACCCGGCUGUGAGAUGUGCAGCACCCAGAAGCCCUGCACUUGGGACCCCCUUCCCGCAGUUUCCACCCCGCUGGCAAAGGUCACAAGGAGAGAGGAUGGCCCUGUCCCUCCAGGCUCAAGGUCCCUGGACCCCCUCCUAAAACUCUCAGGAGACCUUUGCUGACUGCUUGCUAGGGGUCAAACCAGGAUUGUGGAGGGGCCACAAUCUGGAGUCAUUAAAGGCACUUCUGAGCCAGCUGA